UAUAUAAAUUUCCAUGAAAAGGAACUUUGUUUCCUUGAAUUAUUGAAUGAUGAUGACGACGAGUUGUUAAGCUUGGUCCGUGAGGAAAAAGGUACGACACGACAUAAGGAAAUGUUCACGGGUUGGCAUUGGCAAUGCCAUUGAAGUUACUGACAUGGUUUUACUAUUUAUAAAGACAGAUUCUUUCAGGGUUUGUGGUUAUUUUUUCUAACCAUAUUAAUUUUAGUGUUUGAAUCUGUGUUCUCUUAUCCCGAUGAUUUGAGCAGCUCGAACACCGGUCCGAUUCUUUUGAAGAAACAUUGGCAAAGGGUGUUUAUAAAGGAAAUGAAAUCAUCACAUGUUUGAAUUCUCUAAAGAAAAACUAACCAUACCCCAUGUAUUAAAGGAAAAGUGAAAGUUGUUGGAAGGGGCUAUGUGAAACUUCAAACUAUUUGGGGGGAUGUGAAUUGUAAUUUGUUGAAGGUUCCUUAAUGCUUUAAACCUCGAUCUCUAUUUAAACUCCUAGGACCCCUCUGCCAUAAGCAAAAACCAAUAUUAUUUUUAUGGUUUAAUGGAGAUGUGGACAAUCCAAAGAAGAAACCAGGUUCUUGAUACCAUACUUUUGCUUGGAAUAGUUCUGGUUUUGAUUAACAUAAAUGGUGUUGAAAGCAGAAAGUACAGUGCUUCAUUGAUAGACUUUGGAGGUGUUGGUGAUGGAGUAACAUCAAAUACAAAGGCUUUUCAAGCUGCCAUUUUUAACCUCAGCCAAUAUGCAUCAGAUGGUGGGUCUUUACUCUUUGUUCCACCAGGAAAAUGGCUAACUGGUAGUUUUAACCUUACUAGCCAUUUCACUUUGCAUAUCCACAAGGAUGCUACUCUUCUUGCUUCGCAGGAUGAGAGUGAAUGGGCUGUCAUUGAUCCUUUACCAUCCUACGGUCGAGGAAGGGAUGCCGAUGGUGGAAGAUAUAUCAGUCUUAUUUUCGGAACCAACCUCACUGAUGUCGUGAUAACAGGUGAUAAUGGCACUAUUGAUGGUCAGGGUGUUACCUGGUGGAACAAAUUCCAUAAGGGAGAGUUGAAAUACACCAGGCCUUACCUUAUUGAGAUCAUGUAUUCAAAUGAAGUCCAAAUCUCUAAUCUCACAUUGAUGAAUUCUCCUUCCUGGAAUGUCCAUCCUGUUUAUAGCAGCAAUGUUGUCGUUCAAGGAUUAACGAUCCUCGCACCAGUAACUUCUCCAAACACCGAUGGGAUCAACCCAGAUUCUUGCACGAAUACCCGGAUCGAGGACUGCUACAUUGUUUCUGGAGACGAUUGUGUAGCUGUUAAGAGUGGCUGGGAUGAGUACGGUAUCAAGUUUGGUAUGCCAACGAAGCAGCUAGUGAUCAGACGGCUCACAUGCAUUUCUCCAUUCAGUGCAGUGAUUGCACUAGGCAGUGAGAUGUCUGGCGGAAUUGAGGAUGUUAGGGCCGAAGACAUAACAGGCAUUAAUUCCGAGUCGGCUGUUAGGAUCAAAACCGCUGUAGGAAAAUUAUUGAAUGAUGAUGACGACGAGUUGUUAAGCUUGGUCCGUGAGGAAAAAGGUACGACACGACAUAAGGAAAUGUUCACGGGUUGGCAUUGGCAAUGCCAUUGA